AUGGUCUUCCGCGUGGAUGCCCUGCUUGACCCCCACCUUCCGGUCUUCGCCUACCCUGCGACGCCCUUUGGGCGUCUGGAUGUGGGAGCAGAGUCUGGUCCCAGGCACCGCCCUCAGAACAGAAGGCUAAGCCGGCUGGGGUCUAGAGCCAGCUUGGGAAUUCUGCACCACGCAGCCGCAGCUUUCCAGGGACCGGCCCUGGAAAACGCCGCCGGCGGUCAAAGCGCUUUGAAAAGGGCCGAGGGCCGCGUCUUGGCGAGACCGUGGGAAAGUCUCCUCAGGAGGAGUCAUCGCCCGGCCUCUUCCCGGCUCGCCUCCAACCUUGGCAGCAGGGCCACCUGUCCUCCCACCCAGCCGCCUACUGGUGCGGGCGACCUCAGGCAGCCCGCGCAGUGCGCAGGCGCCAGGGCUGGGGGCGGGGCGACCGCGCUGUCUGGCGGGAAGGGAACCCUGGCGGCCGCCUGGCCGGGCGCUCACGGGGGUCGAAGGAAGCUGAGGAAGAGGUUUAGAGCAGCCAGCAACCCUGAGCGCUGUGGCCGCUCUCCUUACAGAAUGGAGAGUAUGGCUUUGCCUGUCUGCGAGAUUUUGAGGUAUUUAAUAGUUCACUGGAAGUGUGAAGCAGGACUGCCAAAGGGAGCAUCGCUAGAAGGGCAGCUAGCGGUUUCCAUAGACGCAUUAAGUUCUAAGCAGGCGCCGAGUUCUCUCCGUUGUGCAGUGACUAUUGCUUCUACAGGAAGUGUCUAUGGUGGCUUGGUCUUCAAGAAGUUUCUACGAGAAAUACAACCUGUGCUGCCCAGAUUCUCUGCAAAGCUGACUUGGGCUUCUGAGGAGGGUGAUUGUUCUCAAGACACAUCAGGCGUAACACCCUUCCAGGUGACUUUUAAGGUUGAUGAAAAUCCUCGAAGUUUGAUGAAAGGCUGUCUGAUUAUAAAGCGUUUUUUACGAAAAAUCAUCAUAGUUCAUCACAAGCUCAAGUUUAAUUUCAGUUUGACGGUGAAUGGGAUCCUCUCUGCAGAGAUCUUUGGGGCAGAGAACGAGCCUAUUUCAAGACUGUCCAAUGGCAUCACUCUUGUUGUGGGCUUUCAGCAUUAUGUGAGUAAGCCAAAACUGAAUUCAACUGAAUCGCACUGCAGCAGAAUCCACCCUGUGCUAGGACAUCCAGCUCUACUGUCCAUCCCUGACGGCAUGUCUGACAUGGGCUUGCUGGGAAAACUGGCGCUGACUCCAGCUGCUGCUCUGUGCCCAAGCCCCAAGGUCUUCUCCAGCCAACGGGAUAGGAUUUCUUCGGUUUCCAUAUUUCUAUAUGGGCCUUUGGGUCUGCCUCUGAUAUCAGAUCAGGAGCAGCCAAGUAUCACUGUCUUCAGAGAUACCUCCUAUUUCAUUGACUGGAAGAAACACAAUUUGUUUAUGGUGCCCACUUUGGAUCUCAAUUUGGAUACAGAUUUGGUGAUUCCAGAUGUGAGUUAUCAAGUGGAGUGCAGUGAGGGGAAUCAGCCUCAGGGUACAGACCCAGCGGGACCAGCUCUACUGCUUUUCCUGUUUGUGGAUCUCCACAGUGGAUUCCCAGUCCAGCAAGCAGAAGUCUGGGGACUCCACACUUUGCUCACAGCUCAUCUCAGUGCCAUCCUCUCAGAGAGCCGCAGCACCGUGCAAGAGUCCAUCCAGUCAGCUGUGGACCAGGUCUUAGAGCAAUACCACCAGGCUGCCCAGGCUCAUCAGAGACUGCAGGGCUCCCUCUCUGUGGCUGUGAAUGCCAUCACGAGUGUGCUGACUGGAAGCACCUGCAGCAGCUUCAGGAACACAUGCCUCCAGGCUCUUGAGGCAGCUGACACACAGGAAUUUGGGACCAAACUGCACAGAUUAUUUUAUGAUACCACCCAGCACCGACUUCUGCACCACUGCUCAUGUGACACAGAACAGCACUCGGCUCCAGAGAAAAAGCAUUCCACCCAGAGCACCGAAGACUGGCAUGGGACUAUCGGCCAGCAGUCCCAUGUGGGUAAGCCGCCUGGGCUGAAAGCAGAUAAACUCUGCAGCACUAGCACAAGGCUGCGAGAGCAGGACUUGAAAUGGACUUUUCUUCUCCUAGAGAGCAGCGGGCAAGCAGAAAACAAGAAGCUCAAGAGAAGCCCCGGCCUGGACAGGGAAGAAUCGCAAGCUCUGUGCUCCGCCAGGGAUCCGAGCCCUCCAGAGUGCACCACACGCCACCACGAGCCCACUGUGGCCUCCCCCAAUGCCAGAGGAUCGCCAGCCCGAGCGGUCCAAAGCAGGGCCCCGGCGCCAGAUGCAGCGAGCCCUGCGGGCGGCCUGGAGGUACCGCGGCGGCAGGACGGGUGCCAGCCUGGGCUGCUGCCGCUGGGUCCUCACCACUGUGUCCGCUGCUCCCGCAGGACUUGUGGCUGCAAGAGGUUUCCAAUCUGUCCGAGUGGCUGAGUCCGGGACGCAGGUUCUAAACGUCCGCUACAGAGGAUCCCAGCGGGCCAACGCGCCCGGGACACGUGUGCCGUGCCUUCUAGA